AUGGCAGCACAGGUUACUGAUGCAUUGAAGAAUUUGAAGGUGAAGGACCCUAAUGCUGUAAUGGAGUCUGCCGCAGAAGCAAAGGCAAACGGAAACGCGCAACCGGAAGCUGAGGCCGAAGAUUCAGAUGACGAUGAAGAGGAGCCAGUAAAUGGCGAAGGUGCCGGAGAAGGAGGAGCAAAGAAGAAGAGGAAGAGGAAGAAGAAGCCCAAGAAGAAGGCUGGAGCGAACCCUAAAGUCCAAUCGUCGCCUCCACGAGUUCUCCUGUCGAACCUUUUUCCAAGCGGCGAGUACCCUGUUGGAGAGGAAGUCGAAUAUAGAGACGAAAAUAACUAUCGAACUACCAGCGAAGAGAAGCGUUAUUUGGAUCGCAUGAAUAAUGAUUUCUUGCAGGAGUAUCGACAGGGUGCCGAGAUUCAUAGACAGGUUAGACAAUACGCUAAAGCCAACAUUAAGCCCGGGCAGACCUUGACGGAAAUCGCGGAAGGAAUCGAGGAUAGUGUGAGAGCUUUGACUGGUCACCCUGGAUUAGAAGAGGGAGAUAAUAUUAAGGGUGGUGUCGCUUUCCCAACUGGUGUCAACCUGGACCACAUUGCUGCUCAUUACAGUCCAAACGCUGGAAACAAGACCGUUUUGGCUUAUGAGAAUGUCAUGAAAGUCGAUUUCGGAGUUCACAUCAACGGUAGAAUUGUGGACAGUGCUUUUACUAUUGCAUUUGAUCCCAUGUACGAUAAUCUUCUCGAGGCGGUUAAGCAAGCUACAAAUACCGGAAUCAAGGAAGCCGGAAUUGAUGCGAGAUUGGGAGAAAUUGGCGAGCAUAUUCAGGAGACAAUGGAGAGUUACGAGGUUGAGAUUAAGGGUCAAACUUAUCAAGUCAAGCCGAUUAGAAACUUGAAUGGUCAUGAUAUUCUACAAUGGAAGAUCCACGGUGGAAAGAGUGUCCCGAUUGUUAAGAGCAAUGACCAGACAAAGAUGGAAGAAGGGGAGGUUUUCGCUAUUGAAACUUUCGGAAGUACUGGAAAUGGUUAUGUUAGAGAUGAUCUCGAAUGUUCUCAUUAUGCUAAGGUUGCUGAUGCCCCCAACGUUCCAUUACGUAUCGCAUCGGCUGGCAAACUUCUUAAUGUUAUCAACAAGAACUUUGGUACCUUACCUUUCUGCAGAAGAUAUUUGGAUCGUUUAGGCCAAGAUAAAUAUCUACUCGGAUUAAACGCAUUAGUCUCCCAUGGUAUCGUGCAAGAUUACCCACCUCUUGUCGAUAAAAAGGGCUCUUACACCGCGCAAUUUGAACAUACAAUCGUCCUCAGGCCAAACUGCAAAGAGGUGAUCAGUCGCGGUGAUGAUUAUUAG